GGAAAGGGCCCCUGCCCGGCGCCAGGCUCCUCCCUCGAGCCGGCCCAGCCCCGCGGCUCCUGCAGGAGGGCGAGCGCGCAGAGUUUCGCGCUCGGGUGGGAGAUGCCGCUCGGGCUGUUUCUGGCUGCAGAUUUGAAACCAGCAUAAUGUUGACAUUCCAACUUUUGGACAAGUAUUGUACACAAUGGCACAGACAGAAGAUCACCUGGACCAUGACCUCCCGCUAUGGCCCCUUCCGUCAUGCUGGGCUAAAACGGUUGUGGGGCUUCUUUCCGUCAUCUGCUUUGCUAACAGCUAUGAUGGUGACUUUGUCUUCGAUGACUCUGAAGCUAUCCUUAAUAAUAAGGACCUCAGGCCAGAAACCCCACUUGGUGAUCUGUGGCAUCAUGACUUCUGGGGGAGCAAACUCAGCAGCAAUACCAGCCACAAAUCAUAUCGGCCGCUCACUGUAUUAACGUUCAGGUCAACAGAUGGAGAGAUCACUGCAGGGAUUAAUUACUUUUUAGCUGGAGGCUUCUACCCACUGGGUUUUCAUGUCGUCAAUAUAUUACUCCAUUGUGUUAUCUCCGUUGUAAUCGUUGAUGUCUUCUCGAUACUGUUGGGCGGCCUGCAGUACAGCAGUAAGGGCAGAAGACUCAACUUGGUCCCAAAAUCAUCCCUGAUGGCUGCUUUACUGUUUGCUGUUCAUCCAGUUCACACCGAAUGUAUUGCAGGGAUUGUUGGCAGAGCAGAUCUGUUGUGUGCCCUGUUCUUUCUGUUGUCAUUUCUUGGCUACUGCAGAGCACUAAAAGACAGUAAAGAAGGAACCCCUUUUUCUGUAGCCUGGAUCUUGCUGAGUAUUUUCCUAGGUGCUGUGGCUAUGCUAUGCAAAGAACAAGGAAUCACAAUACUGGGUUUAAAUGCUCUCUUUGAUGCUGUGAUGAUUAAUAAACUCAAUAUUUUGGAGGUUCUACUGAAGAUUCUACGUAAGGAUAAAUCUCUAGAGAGCUUGGUGGUGAUUCGAAAAGGACUUCUCUUCAGGACAAGUCUUCUGCUAUGUGGAGGAGCCACCAUGCUAUAUAUACGCUGGCGCAUUAUGGGCACGGGGCCACCUGCUUUUACUGAGGUGGAUAACCCAGCUUCAUUUGCAGAUAGUCUAUUUGUGAGGGCUAUAAACUAUAAUUACUACUAUUCCUUGAAUGCAUGGUUGCUGCUAUGUCCCUGGUGGCUGUGUUUUGAUUGGUCAAUGGGCUGUGUACCCCUUAUUAAAUCAGUUACUGACUGGAGAAUAAUUGCACUAGCAGUCCUUUGGUUCUGCCUAAUUGCUCUGAUGGGCCAAGCGCUGUGCUCUGAAGACAGCCAGAAGAGAAGAAUCCUCACAUUGGGAUUGGGAUUUCUCAUUAUUCCUUUUCUUCCUGCAAGCAACCUUUUCUUUCGAGUGGGAUUUGUUGUUGCAGAAAGAGUAACUUAUCUGCCCAGCAUUGGCUACUGCAUGCUGAUAACGUAUGGAUUCAGCCUAUUAAGCAAACAGGCAAAGAGAAAGAAAUUGCUUGUUGCUGCUCUGCUGGGCCUCUUGUUGAUAAAUGUGUGGCGUUGUGUUAUCCGCAGUAACCAAUGGCGAUCUGAGGAACAACUUUUUAGAAGUGCUUUGUCCGUGUGUCCACUGAAUGCCAAAGUUCAUUAUAAUGUUGGCAAAAAUUUGGCGGAUAGAGGCAACCAAAAUGCUGCAAUCAGUUAUUACAGGGAAGCUGUAAGACUGAAUCCCAAAUAUGUGCAUGCUAUGAACAAUCUGGGAAACAUCUUGAAAGAAAGACAGGAACUCCAUGAAGCUGAGGAGCUUCUCUCGCUAGCUGUACAAAUACAGCCUGAUUUUGCAGCAGCAUGGAUGAAUCUAGGAAUAGUACAGAAUAGUUUAAGAAGAUACGAAGAAGCAGAGCAAAGCUAUUGGACUGCAAUCAGACAUAGAAAAAAAUAUCCAGAUUGUUACUACAAUUUAGGACGCUUGUAUGCUGAUCUAAAUCGCCAUGUAGAUGCAUUGAAUGCAUGGAGGAAUGCCACUGUUCUGAAACCACAACACAGUUUGGCUUGGAACAACAUGAUUAUAUUGCUUGAUAACACAGGUAACUUGGCACAAGCUGAAGUUGUUGGACGGGAGGCUCUGGAAUUAAUACCUAAUGAUCAUUCCCUGAUGUUUUCACUGGCAAAUGUGUUGGGGAAAUCACAGAAAUAUAAGGAAUCGGAAGCUUUGUUCCACAAGGCAAUUAAAGCCAAUCCAAAUGCAGCCAGUUACCAUGGUAAUUUGGCUGUGCUGUACCAUCGCUGGGGGAAUCUUGACUUAGCCAAGAAACACUAUGAAGUCUCUCUGAAGCUUGACCCCACAGCGGCUGGGACCAGGGAAAACUAUAGUCUUUUAAAAAGGAAACUGGACCAACUGCAAAAGAAGGGGUGAUGUCUGAGGUUUCUUCUCAGGCUUUGAAUGCAUACAGCACACCAUUUACUGGUAACAUGGCUACUAAUCACCAGAGGGAAGCUUUCGCUCAUUCCCUGUCAUUUAAACAACAAAAAGCCCCUACAAUUAUAGCACCCGCUAUGGAGAUACUCAGAUGUUUCACAGAGGCUAGCCAUCCAAAAUAAAUUUAUUUUAAAUAAACAAGGGGUUUUUUGUAUGUAUGUUGAGUUGGAGCAUUAAAAUUUGUGAACCAGUUCUUAAAAUCUGUUGAACAAUUUACAGUGUGUUAACUGGAGUUAUUACUGGCACUGCUAGGGACCAUACUAAAAUUUUAAAAAAAGGUUUUCUUCAAGGGGGCAUAUUGAAGAUGUAUGUAUUGGCGGCAUAUGUGACUGCAGAACAGUACCGUAUAACCACAGAAGGUUACAAAUGAAAGUCAGGACUGCUUUCAGAAACAAACUGUUCUUCUUUAAAGAUAUAGGAAUUCUCAUACGCUGUUGAGAUGAGGGGUGGUCCUAACAUAGAGGUACCACCUUGAACAACAAGUGUUGAUUUGUAUAUCUAUGCAGAGAGAUUGUUGUAAAAUUAAGAUAGGUUUUUUUUCAUCAUAGGGGUAUUUUUCUUUAACGCUGUGUGCUACCAAUGCAGAGCUAGGAUACCAGUGAGAGUGGAAUAGGUAUUUUCCACAUCAAGAGAGAUCUUUCAUUCCAAUGGUUUAUAGGUUAGAAGUCGACUUUUAGGUGUUGUGGUGCAAUUGGAAGGCAGUGAGUUCGAUGAAUUACAAAAGAGCACCUGAUCUCCAAGCAAUAAGCUUCUGCUGGCCUCCAGUGAAUAUCUAACAGUGUUUAGACCAGUGGUGCUCAACCUGGGGGUCGGGAUCCCUUUGGGGGUCGAACGAUCCUUUCACAAGGGUUGCCUAAGACUCUCUGCCUCAGUGUUCUCCAUCUGUAAAAUGGAUAAAUGUUAGGGUUGGGGGGUCACCACAACAUGAGGAACUGUAUUAAAGGGUUGCGGCAUUAGGAAGGUUGAGAACCACUGGUUUAGACAGAGUUUGUAGCAACUGAGUUGGGGCUGAGAUUAUGGUUUUUUACUCAGUGUGGCUUUUCACUGUUUUUGAUUUUUUCUGUUUUUUUGGGCAGCUGUUUUUGAGGAGGUAUCAGCCUAAAUUCACAUGUCAUGUUUUCUUGGAUCUUCCUUUUCAUCUCAUGGAUAAGUGGUAAUAAACGAUAGCAGAUAGUUACAUGCCUUGGUCAGUUUCAGUGUUUCAUAAGGUUGUUUCAUGUAAUCCAAAACUCUUGGAGGAUGCAGCUAUGCUUGGAAGUAAUAUCUGGCCCUACAUCCGUAAAGGUGAUUGUUUUAAAGUGUCUAAACUGGGCAACUGUGACCUAAAACAGUAAGGGAUGUGUCUGGAACUUUAACUUUUAGAGGGCUUUAGAAGAUACAGAUUAAAUUCUGAUAUCACUACCUCAAAACAAUGAGUGUGUUAACAACUCCUAGAUAUAUCCAUCUUCUUUUUCUUGUUUUAUUAAGUGGCUUGUUAGACCAACCAUCAAGAAAGGGUUGGAUCCAGCACAGUGUUUCCAUGGAUAAAAGGACUUCUGCUCAUGGAGCCUGGCUUUGUUAACCUUUCCCCUUUUGCAGCACCCUGAAAUGCUCCAUGCAGUUCUGAUCUACAGGGGCAUUUUAAGUUGCCAUUGGAGGGGAGAGCUGGUUAAGUCUUUGAGUGCUGGAUUCAACCCAGAAUUUGCCUCAACUUGGUCAGACCAUCUUUCCUUCCAUUCUAUAUUUUAUUCCUGGUGCAGUUUUAAGUUGCUGGUGCAGAAGUAAAAACCAAAACCUGCCUUUUUGUUCUAACAUGUAUGGAUAUGUGCAAAGACAAAUAUCGCUGUGAGAACUGUCGCCAUCAAUGUUUAAAAAUCCAGCCUUAUGAGAGAAAAUACAUUUGUAUGUGGUUUUAAACAAACAAAAAUAUUAUUGUAAUAUAUGACAGUAUCAGACAGCUAUUAUGGGAAAGAGGGCCUGGGAUCAGCCUCUCUAGUUCCUGACAUGUGGUUACUACCAUCAAAGCUAACGGUGCUUAAUAUUUCUACAGCACUGGAUGUGUAGGGACCCAAACUUGCCUGUGGUGGUAGAGGUAGAAAUCCAGCUACAGUAAUACUGCUGGUUUGGGGCAAUUAACUGUUUCUGGGAUAUUUACAAACGCAACCAGUACCAUUUCAGCUAUUGAAAUGGAAGAUGCUAUGGGAGCAAUCAUAAGAAGGACUUCUCAGAAAUAAGACCCAUUUUAUUCAAUGGGGCUUUCUCCCAAGAAGAUGCUCUUAGGAAAUCAGCCUAUCUAUCUCACAUGGUAUGAAUGACUUUAAUUUAAAAAAAUACGAUUGUAUAUAAUCAUAUAAUUCAAACAAAACUGUAAACUAGAAAUUCAAAUUAUUUCUGAGGUUUUAAGUUUGUUAGAUACUUUCCCCUCAUAUAUACCACUUGGAUAUUUUCUUAGCUGGGACUUCAAAUGUAAAUUGUCUUGACUGUUGACAAUACCAUCCUAGAUGACGAUGUUUCAUAAUUGAAAUCUGUGGUGUCUGAUGUAGUUAAGUAUCAUACUUAUUAUCCGUAUGUCUACAGUUUAUGUAGAAGAUUAACCAUCAUUGGCCUGCACUAUUAAUUCUGUAUUAAUCUAGUAGAAUAACGUUUUACAUAGAUUUUGGAAUUUAUAAAAGAAAGCUUUAAAAUUUUCUGUUCUUCUUAACUGAGCAUUUUACUUUUAUUUUUAUAUGGUGAAAAAUAUUGGAUUUUCUGGUUUUUUUUACAGCAUUUGCAAAAUAGAUUAAUAUUUUCCAUGCUUAGUAUUCCAGUUUGUUUGGAGUAAGUUGUGUGUUCCCUUUCCCAGCACUCUCAUGUGAAUGUAGUCCUAUCUGAAUGUGUUGACUAUGCAAAAGUUUUGAAUGGGAAACAUGGAUGAAAUUUACAGGUCAUUGAACAUAUUAUGCAGUGGCAAAUCUGCACUUGCCACCAAGCAAGCACUGAACAGGGAGCUGCAACCAAGGUUGACAGGGCACUGUUUGCAAACACAUUUUUAAUUAAAUGCAAACGUUACGUUUUUAUCUCUACAGUGAAAACAUCUCCCCAGACCUAAAUGUGUAAUAUUUGAAAUGGAACUACAUUUGGAAAUAAUUGUCAUUCUGUUAUAAUUCAGUUUCUGAAUGGUUUUAAUACAAUGCAAAAAAUUGUAAAGAUAUUACUGGGGAGGAAAUUUCCACCCCUGUCUCCAGUAUCUACAUAAUGUUCCCCAUUUUUUACAAUCAAAAUUCCUACAAUUUCGGAGACCUUGGCCCUGAUGGUUUGUAUCAUAUUUCUGUGAUACUGUACUAAUGAUAUUCAUAAUCUCAUCUGAAGCACUACUGUGGCUUCAUGUCAUGUUUUAUAAUUGGGCCAGGCACACCCAGAUGGGAAACUGCUCCUUAAAACUUUUGAAAAUCUGUCCUUAUUAGUGACUUAAAUACAGUUUUUAUUUCUGAAAAGACUUCUCUUAUAACCUAGUAUAAAACCAUUGAUUGUACAAAACUAUUAGACACUGCUACUAUUUAAUGUGGUAAAUGCUUCCUUGUAGGUGGUGCAAGGUUUGUUAUAAACAUCUGCAUUUUUUAAAAAAACAGACACAAAUAUAGGCCUUUAUACAAGAGAACUGUUUGUAUUGUUUUUGAAAACACUAAAAAGUUUGGUGGUACAUUCAAUGUAUGUCAGUCUAUGAUGUAUUAUAAAUGUAUGUUUGUGGAAUAAAAAAAGCAUGAGGACUUAAAAAAUAGUGGCUCAUAACUGA